GUUGAAUCCUUCUCUUGCCACUGGCAUCUUCUCAAAAUCUCCAUUUUCUCUCAGCUCCUCCAAUCUAGCUUCAUCAUCUUCUCUCUCUGCAUCUGCAUAUCCAUUAUAUUCUCAGACAGAAAAGAUCAAAAGAAAAAGAAGAAGAAAAUGGAGUCAAGAACAGCUUUGUAUUAUACUGGGUGUGAAGAACACCAGUAUCAACCCCAUUUUCUUGAUGCUUGCUUCCUGUGCCAGAGAUCUUUGGGUCCUAACAGUGACAUCUUCAUGUACAGAGGGAAUACACCAUUUUGCAGCCAAGAAUGCAGGCAAGAACAGAUAGAGAUGGAUGAGGCUAAUGAGCAAAGACUGAAGCUUUCAUCUUCAUCUUCUUCAAGAUCUUCUUCUUCUUCAAAGGGAUCAUCAAAAACACAAAGACAGACAGCAACCCAGGAAUCCACAACCCAGGAAACUGACACCAAGAAAGCUGUAAGAACAGGCACAGUGGCUGUGGCUUAAUCACACUACAGAUCAGAGCUCUCAAGUAUAAAUUAUCUGUAAAUAAUACUGGUGGAUAUCAGAUGGAGAGAGAGAGAGAGAUCCAUCAGACAAUUUUGAAUCUUUUUUGUUUUUUGUUUCUGGGUAUUUUAUUGACAUUCUCCUCUUCAGAUGUUGCUGAGAUCUAUGUUUAUACAUAAAUUGAGAUCCCAAGAAAUGGGAUGUUCUUGCCUUCUUGGAAUUUGCAAUCUUUAAUGAUGUUUGUAUACAAUAUGCAAA